GUUCCCAGAAACCCAUGUAGCUGUCAUAAUGUAAUCUUGUAACUUCAAAUAUUUUUUGGCAUAAGGCUAGCAUAAGGGCAAACUAAACCAUGCCAUUUCAGAUUUUUCCCAGAAAUGCAACUGAAAUUCAAAUGAUUUGUCUGGAAUGCCUAUGUUACCAUUUGUUUUCUUCUUUAUUUAUCUAACCUACUUCAUUCCUACUUCACAAAGUGCUGUUAAUAAGAUUAGUAAUUAAAAAUCUCGAAUGGCAAUUGGCAAGCAGACUCUCUUCAGAGUUGAGUUGGCGCUGUGUCACCAACAGGCUUUGAUGAGUAUUUGGAAGAGUGAAGCAAGACACAUUCGACUGUUGCUAGUGCCUAAGAGCAGAAAUGGAGAAAUCCAGACCUUUAUGGGACAAUCGUUUCCAGUUUAUAUUUGCCUGUAUUUCUUAUGCAGUAGGUCUGGGGAAUGUAUGGCGGUUUCCUUAUUUAUGCCAGAUGCAUGGAGGAGGUGGAUUUUUAAUCCCAUACUUGAUUAUGUUAGUUGUGGAAGGAAUGCCAUUGUUAUUCUUAGAGUUGGCAAUAGGACAACAUAUGCGCCAAGGGAGCAUUGGCACAUGGAAUGCUAUAAGUCCUUACCUCUGUGGAGUUGGAAUUGCCAGUGUUGUUGUGUCAUUUUUCCUCUCCAUGUACUACAAUGUUAUAAAUGGCUGGGCAUUCUGGUAUCUUUUCCAUUCAUUUCAGCCUUUGUAUUUGGAUGUCUGACAGUAUUGGGACUGAUCUAUAUGGAUUUAAUAUCUGAUUCACCCUUAAAGGAUCCUUUGCCAUGGGCAAGCUGUCCAUUGAGUAUUAACCACACAAACUAUGAGGAAGAAUGUGAGAAAGCAACACCGACUCAGUACUUCUGGUAUAGGAAAACCCUCAAUAUUUCUCCAUCCAUUGAGGAAAGUGGAAGCAUCCAAUGGGAGCAAGCAGCUUGUCUCAUCCUGGCUUGGCUAUUGGUCUAUUUGUGUAUUCUGCGUGGAACAGAACAUAUUGGAAAGAUUCUUUAUGUAACAGCUAUAUUACCUUAUGUAGUCCUUAUUAUAUAUUUAAUCAGAGUCUUAACACUUCAUGGAGCUACUAAUGGACUGCGAUAUAUGUUCACUCCAAAGCUAGAGCAACUAGCAAACCCCAAGACCUGGAUUAAUGCAGCUACUCAAAUCUUCUUCUCUCUCGGCCUGGGCUUUGGUAGUUUGAUAGCGUUUGCCAGCUACAAUGAGCCAAACAACAAUUGUGAGCGACAUGCCAUCAUUGUUUCCUUAAUAAAUAGUGGCACCUCAAUAUUUGCCAGCAUUGUCACAUUCUCCAUUUAUGGUUUUAAAGCAACUUUCAACUAUGAAAGCUGCAUGAACAAAGUGAUCUUGCUGUUGACUAAUUUUUUUGAUCUGAAAGAAGGUUUAUUGACAACAGAAAACCUUGAGAAUAUGAAACAGUACCUAGAAUCUUCUUAUCCUGGAAAAUAUGCAGAAGUAUUGCCACAGAUCAAGAACUGCACUUUGGAAACUGAACUAGACACUGCUGUGCAAGGGACUGGGCUAGCAUUCAUAGUAUAUUCUGAAGCAAUUAAAAAUAUGGAGAUCUCACAAUUGUAUUCAGUGCUAUAUUUUGUCAUGCUGCUGAUGCUUGGAAUAGGCAGCAUGCUGGGAAACACUGCAGCCAUUCUUACUCCUCUGACUGACAUCAAGUUCCUCUCUUCUCAUGUACCCAGGGAGAUUAUCUCAGGUAGCGUGUGCAUCAUCAACUGUGUCAUUGGCCUAAUAUUUACUACGAGGGCUGGUAACUAUUGGUUUAAUAUCUUCAAUGAUUAUGCUGCUACUCUUUCCUUGCUGCUUAUUGUACUGGUGGAAACUAUUGCUGUUUGUUACAUAUAUGGGUUAAAAAGAUUUAGUAAAGACCUUUGCGUGAUGAUUGGACAUGAGCCAAGUUGGUAUUGGAAAAUUUUAUGGGCUUUUAUCAGUCCAAUAUUAAUCAUAAGCCUAUUUGUGUUUUACAUCACGGACUACAUCAGGACUGGGAUAUCCCAGUAUCAAGCCUGGGAUGCAACAGAGGGAAAGCUGGUUACAAAAGAUUAUCCAAGAGGUGGCCUAGCAGUUAUUGGUCUGCUUGUGGCAUCAACAUCAUUAUGCAUACCAUUAGGAGCAUUAGUAACUUUUAUAAAGCUCAGAAGAAAUCACCAAUAAUUGGACUUUAGCAACCGAUGCAGCUUUCAUAUCCCAGUUUGAAGAUUAUAGGUUUUAAGUCGCAGCAAUCAAAAAAGCAAAUCCCGGGUAACCAAAUAUUCCUGCCAAAAUAGUCUUAUCCAUUCUCCAUCAAGAAAACGGCUUUGCAGAAGAUAACUGGAGAUUGGUUUUAAUAAAGACAAGAUUAUACUUGAAAAUACUGGUUCUGUUCAAUUACACAAAGGAAAUCUGGCAUAUGUGAAUGUGAACUCUGGUUGUAAAACAUCCAAGAAGUCAUAUGGUACAAGAAACUGAUUUUUCUAUAUGGAUAGUUUGAUUAUUUUCAUAGUAAUUUGUAAGUUAUAUGAACAAAGCAUUGUCAUUCUUUACUACCUAUCAGAACUGUAGCAAUCUAAUGAAUGUCCAUAAUUCCCAAAUGAACUACAAAAACAAUGGGCAACAGGGCUGGAAAAUUUUAAGGGCUACAUUGGAAUUAUGAACUAAGAAACUAAAGUCAUACAAAUUUUAGUUAUAUACUGAACAUGGCAUCAUGUUUAAAUAAUUACUGUGAAAUAUUUUUUAAUGUUAUUAUCAAAUCACAGAAACCUAAAUCAGAAAAUCCUGUGAGGAAAAUUGUUACUUUUGUUUUACUUGCCUAUUUCUUAGUUUUUAUUGCUUUUAAGACAAAGGGAUUUCGGUAAAAUGUUUUUGUUUCCUUAUGCCACUCUUCAAAGUAAUUUCAAAAUACAGAUUAUCCUUGCUUAUUAAUUACCUUGUUCAGAAACCAUUUGAAAUUACAAUGGUAAAGAACUUUAUAAGCAACUACCAUAUUUGCAGUCUCCACAGCAUUCUCUCAGUCACAAGUGCCAUUACAGUCAGCACCGAUUGUAUUGUAAAUGACCUAUUAUUUUUCCUUGGUCCCCUCCCUUUGUAGAGUGGAAAGAUUGGAAAGGGAUUACAAGAGAGUAAGGAAGGUCACAAUGGGGAAUACAUAUUGAAAGCAACAUAUUGUCAACGUGGCAGCUAAGAAUGCACUAUGCAAACCUGGUGCAUUUCCCAUUAUUUAUUUGCUUACUCUCUUGUAAGCCAUUGAUUCUCCAGCAAAUAUAAAUACAAGUGUUAAUUCCCUUGUUGCCAAUUAUCCCAGUGUCAUGGUGAGAAUUUCAAAGGAUAGAGAAGUGCAAAAAAGAAAAGCACUCUUAGAGCCUUAACAACAGAGCUGCUGGUCCCAAAUGUGGCUGCUAAAUGAGGACUAUAUUUAAUUUCUCUAUAAACUGAAAUAUUCACAAAUCCUUCAGGUUUCAGCAGAUGAUAUAAGAAG